UAUACUUUCUACUUUCUAACCUCACUUUAUUAAACUCUUGUCAAGUCAAAACGUAACGUGUAUUUGUAAUUUGAUAUUUUUUAAAUAUGCCGGCACAAACAGGAUCUGAAGAUGAUGAUUUGAACGACUACAAUCCUUCAGACUCUGAAGAUGAUUACGACGAGACAGAGAAGGCACUCUUGAAGAAAGUUAGGAACCGAAAAGAGGAACACUCUGAUAGUGAGGAUGAAGUAUUUAAUGUUGGGCCAGAUGACGACGAUGAUGAAGAUGAUGAGAAAAGUGAUUUGGCAGUGAGCGAUAUUGAAGGCCAAGACAGUGAUGAAGGGUUGCCAGAUGUACGAGCUUGGGGUAAAGAAAAAAGGAAAUAUUAUUCUACUGAUUAUGUGGAUCCAGAUUAUGGAGGUUUUCAAGGAAAGGAUGCGUAUUUAGCAGAAUUGGAGGAGGAGGAAGCAAGAAAUUUGCAAAAACAGUUAGCCCAGCAACUCGAUGAUGACGAUUUUUCUUUGGAAGUUUUCACUGAGAAAACUAUAGAAGAUAAUGUGCAAGUGGAAGAAGUUAUUAAAACAGAUAUUUCAAAAUUAUCAAAAAGGCAGAAGUUACAGAUUCUGCAGAAAGAAUCUCCAGAAUUUUUUGGACUUGUUGAAGACUUCAAAGGAAAAUUGCUGGUAGUCAAGGAUUAUCUAAGUCCAUUGUUAAGGAAACAUAAAUCAAAACAAAUUCCAAACUGCAAAGCUGUUGAUUUUGUUCAAACUCAAUAUGAAUUAAUCUUAAAUUACUGUGUAAAUAUUUACAUGUACCUACUUUUAAAAGCAUCAAAGAUGAAUGUGCAAAAGCAUCCUAUUAUAAAACGGUUGUAUCAAUAUCGGCAGCUUCUUUCUCAACUUGAACCAGUUUUUGAGGAAAUCAUAAAGCCACAGAUAGAAAUAAUGCUAAAGGAAAUGCAAGCUGAAGAAGACAGUAUUGAGAGGGAGACUGAGAGGAAGAAAACAUUAAAAUUUUUGGCGAACUUAAGUAAAAAGGAAGAAAGUAAGAAAAAGCGUGCUGUGUUUGAUGAAGAAAAGCAACCGAAUAAAAAAAUUAAAACUGUAGAUGGCACCACUGAAGAAAAAAUGCUGAUCGAUGAAGAUCAGGCGAAUUCUUCAGGAGACGAAGAAAAAGAAGAAAACGAAACAGAACAACAAAACGAAGAAGAUGUUGAGAAACGUGCCAUCACAUACAAAAUGUCCAAAAAUAAAGGCCUUACCCCCCACAGGAAAAAAGAGCAGAGAAAUCCACGUGUCAAGCACAAACUUAAGUACAGGAAAGCGCUAAUUCGCCGAAAGGGCGCUGUGCGGGAGCCUAGGAAGGAGCUUUCAAGGUACAGUGGCGAAAUAUCUGGCAUCAAAUCUACGGUUUCAAAAAGCAUCAAAAUCAAGACAUGAAUUAAGUUUUGGUGUAAUUAAAAAAAAAACAUUUUUUCAUAAGUUUAUUGUAUAAAUCUUUAUAUACAAGUGUGGUCACAUAUAUAAUAAAAUUUGAUAUAUUACCGCUAUAAAUGAUAGUAAAUAUCAACUAUAUAUAAAAAAUCACUAUAACAUUAUAAUAAUUACAAUAUAGCUACCAAGUAUGGCUUUAAUAUAAAAAAAUAAACAUUGAUAUGGCAAAAGAGGAAAUAAAUAGCAUCUAAGGUAAAAAUAAGAAGUAAUACUAAUUAGAGACUAGAAAGUAUAACUAAUAAAUAUAUGGAAGAAAAAAACAAUCAAUUGGUUUUUGUUUCAUGAGUACUUUU